GCAGUGAAGGAUAGUGAAGCCUUGCAAACAUGCACUGGAAAUGCAUUUGUCUGUGUGUCUUUCUGAAUUUGAUAUUUCUGUCAGGUGUUCACAGCAGUAUCACUCUGACCCAGACUGCUGCAGAGGUGAAGAGACCAGGAGAUUCCCUCAGACUCAAAUGUGAAGUCAGUGGGUUUAAUCUAGCAGGCACUUGGAUGGGCUGGGUCCGACAACCACCUGGAAAAGGACUGGAAUGGUUGUCUUGGUACCAUAGCUCUGGCAAUGAGUAUCACUCUUCAGCAAUAAAAGGGCGAUUCACGGCCUCUAAGGACAGCUCCAGUUUCUACUUACAAAUGAGCAGCCUACAGGUGGAGGACACUGCAGUUUAUUACUGUGCCCGUGACAAUUACGCGUACUUUGAUUACUGGGGCAAAGGAACAACGGUCACUGUCACUUCAGCCUCACCAAGGCCACCAACAUCCUUCUUCCCUCUUACGGCAUGUGGGUCUGAGGGAGGCUCAGAGUACCUGACCCUGGGCUGCAUCGCUAGCGGAUUCUCGCCUUCUUCCUCCUUGACCUUCACAUGGACAGACCCCAAUGGGAGAUCCAUGUCUGACUUUCUCCAGUACCCAGAGGUACAGAGUGGAGGGUCCUACACAAGGGUCAGCCAGGUCCGUGUAAGAGCAGCAGACUGGGACAGUCAGAAGUCUUACAAAUGUGCUGUGCGUCAUCCAUCACUUUCCAGUGAAAAGACUCAGAGCUUCCAGAAACCAGUUCAACCCAGGUCACCGACCGUGAGUGUGCUGCCAGUGUCCAAUGACACCCUCAUCUGUGUCAUACGGGACUUCUACCCCAAGAAGCUAGCAGUGACUUGGAAAGUGAACAAUACAGAUAUGACCGUAUCAUCCAACACCUGGCAAACAGAGAAGCAAGCUGAGGGAGUGUACUCAGCCAGCAGCAUUCUGAAGCUGGAGAGAGACACCUGGGACAGCAAUGCUGAGUACACCUGUGAAGUACAGCAUCAGCAGAACGUCUUCAGUUACAACAUUACCAAAGACAAGCCUUGUGUGGAAGUGACCCUGAAGCCCCCAAGAGUGAGAGAGAUGUUCAUCAACAACCAGGCUGUGCUGGACUGUGACAUCACCGGAGAAGAACAGGCAACAGUUACCGCAGCAACAGUAACCUGGACAGUGGAUGGAACCGUCCUCAAGAGUGGAAUUAACACACCGAGCGUUGCAAAACAGGACGGCCAUGUGUACAGAAAGACCAGCACUCUCACUCUGGGACAGAAGGACUGGUUUGAUGGGAAAAAGAUUCAGUGCUCCAUCCAGCAGAGUUCUGAAAAACCUCCCAUCAACAAGGCUGUCAGAUUGGAACAAGGAAGUAAAUCUUCACCCACUGUGCUCAUUCGAUCACCGACUGACAGAGAGACAGAAGGACAGACAGCUGUCACUCUGAUGUGUCUGGUGACCGGCUUCUCUCCCAGUGACAUUUACAUCAUGUGGCGCAUUGAUAAUGGGGAGUAUCAGGAGGGCGUCACAGGCCAGACAUUGAAGACCAACGGCAGAUCCUCUGUCACCAGUCUGUUCACAGUCCCAACAUCAACAUGGAAAAAUUCCAAUUUCACCUGUGCUGUCAAACAUGCCUCUAUGAGUACAGGCUCCUCCCCUCUACUGAAAACAGUAGCCAGAGAACUGGACAAGCCUUGUGUGGAAGUGACCCUGAAGCCCCCAAGAGUGAGAGAGAUGUUCAUCAACAACCAGGCUGUGCUGGACUGUGACAUCACCGGAGAAGAACAGGCAGCAGUUACCGCAGCUACAGUAACCUGGACAGUGGAUGGAACCGUCCUCAAGAGUGGAAUUAACACACCGAGCGUUGCAAAACAGGACGGCCACCUGUACAGAAAGACCAGCACUCUCACUCUGGGACAGAAGGACUGGUUUGAUGGGAAACAGAUUCUGUGCUCCGUCCAGCAGAGUUCUGAAAAACCUCCCAUCAACAAGGCUGUCAGAUUGGAACAAGGAAACAAGCCUUGUGUGGAAGUGACCCUGAAGCCCCCAAGAGUGAGAGAGAUGUUCAUCAACAACCAGGCUGUGCUGGACUGUGACAUCACCGGAGAAGAACAGGCAACAGUUACCGCAGCAACAGUAACCUGGACAGUGGAUGGAACCGUCCUCAAGAGUGGAAUUAACACACCGAGCGUUGCAAAACAGGACGGCCAUGUGUACAGAAAGACCAGCACUCUCACUCUGGGACAGAAGGACUGGUUUGAUGGGAAACAGAUUCUGUGCUCCGUCCAGCAGAGUUCUGAAAAACCUCCCAUCAACAAGGCUGUCAGAUUGGAACAAGGAAAAAAGCCUUGUGUGGAAGUGACCCUGAAGACCCCAAGAGUGAGAGAGAUGUUCGUCAAUAACCAGGCUGUGCUGGACUGUGACAUCACCGGGGAAGAUCAGGCAGCAGUUAACGCAACAACAAUCAGCAAUGGGGGCUAUCAGGAGGGUGUUACGGGUGAACCUGUGAAGAAUAACGACAGCACCUACUCUGUCACCAGCCUGCUGAAAAUCACAGUAUCACAGUGGAAGACCUCUCACUUCACCUGCGCUGUCAGACACGACAACAUGGAGAACGAUUCCUCUCCUGUGCAGGACACAGUGUCCAGAGAAAUGGCACUGCCCCCAGAGUCAGAGGUUGUUCUGAGCUGCUGUGAGGAAGGUGAGGAAGAGGAUGAGCUUGGCAGCCUGUGGUCCACCGCCUCCUCCUUCAUCAUCCUUUUCCUUUGCACUGUCUUUUACAGCGUCCCCCUCAGCUUGAUGAAGCUCUGA